AUGUCAACUGACUGGGUACACGAGCUGACCGUUGCCAAGCUGAAGGACGAGCUGAAAAAGCGAGAUCUACAUGUGACUGGAAAGAAAGCUGAGCUGAUCGAGCGCUUGGAGGAAUUCCUCAAAGAAGCCGAGGGUGCUGAUGCCGCCUCUGACGGGAAGAGCGCAGACGAAGGGGCCGAGCCACAGGACGAGGAUAUGAAGGAUGCAGCAGCUGACGAGGCCUCCCAGGACGAUAACGCCGACAGAAAGGAUGGCGGCAGUGAGUCUCGCUUCACCAGUAGCGAUGACGAGGCUGUGCCCGUGGAGAGCUCCGGCCAUGGCAGCCCGGCCAAGGGCGAUGGCAGCAUGCACAGCGAAGACAGGUCGGGCGCUGCGGUGGCAGGACAGGAUGGAGGGGCGGGCGCGGAGGAGGCCGUGGCCGCAGACGAGGAGAGUGGGCCGGUGGCCAAUGGAGACGGGGCAGAGGCGCCGGCUGCGCCUGGAGCGGGGUCGGAGACGCCUGCGGUGGCUGGCGCCAGUGAGAGGGAGUCGAAAGAGGACCCUGUGCCCGAGGCAGCGAGCCCGGCUGGGAAGCCUGAGGCCCCUACCGCCGCAUCGCUCGUAGAGGAGGUGGUGGACCUCGACUACGGCGAGGAGGAGGCCGAGGCCGCUGCGGCGGCGGCGGCGGCGACCAGCGUCCGCACAAAGGGCGCUGCCGCGGCCGGCGCCAGCCCCGGCACCGUCCCAACAAGCGGGAAGCGGCCGCGUGGCGACGAUGACGCGCCCGCCGCCGCCGCUGCCCCCCUGCAAAAGGCGCCUCGCGCCGAACGACCGGCUGCCGAGGGCGUGGUCACUGCCAGCACGACGCGCGCGCUGCGUAUCGAUGGCUUCGUGCGCCCCUUCACGGAGCGUGCGGUGCGCGAGCUGCUGGACCCCACCGGCGCGGAGCUGAAGGCGCUGUGGAUGCCCAGCAUCAAGACGCACUGCUACUCGGCACAGGAUGAACCCGGGGAGCCGCUGCAGCUGGACGACCUGUUCAGGCGCACUGCCGCCAAGCCCAGCCUGUACUGGCUGCCACUCACGGCCGAGCAGGGGGCGGCAAAGCGCGCCGGGGCUGGCAAUGGACAGGCGGCGGCAAUCCCAGGAUCAGAGGCUGCUCUGGAGACCAGGAGGCCUCUGCCUGCGUAG